AGAGCAAGUCGUGGGCCAUGAGCAGCGGUGGUCAGGCCGCCCGGCCCAAGGCCAGCACGAGGGCUAGCGGCAUCCUGCGGCGCUGAGGGUCUGAGACGGAGAGGGGGCGGCAGCCGGGCAGGAGCGCGGCACCAUGGCACGGGAAGAGUGCAAAGCGCUGCUGGAUGCGCUCAACAGGACGACCGCGUGCUACCAUCACCUGGUGCUGACCGUCGGCGGCUCGGCUGACUCGCAGAACCUGCGCGAGGAGCUGCAGAAGACGCGGCAGAAGGCGCACGAGCUGGCGGUGGCCACCGGAGCGCGGUUGACAGGCGAGUUGCGCGACCGGGGCCUGGCUGCCGAAGAGCGCACCGAGUUCGAGCGCCUCUGGGUGACCUUCUCCGGCUGCCUGGACCUGCUGGAAGCCGACAUGCAGCGCGCGCUGGCGCUGGGCUCCGCUUUUCCAUUGCACGCGCCGCGGCGGCCGCUGGUGCGCACUGGGGUGGCGGGUGACGCGUCCGGGGUGGCGGCACGCGCCCUGAGCGCCCGCAACCUUCGGCACGAGGCGGAGCGCGACUUCGACGUCGCCGACCUACAGGAGCUGGAGCGUGAGGUCCUUCAGGUGGGCGAGAUGAUCCAAGACAUGGAGAUGAAAGUCAACGUGCCUCGCUGGACAGUGCAGGCCCGGCAGACGGCAGGCGCUGAGCUCCAGUCCAGCAUUAGCGCGGGCGCAGCUUCGGCCGGAGGCCUGUCGGUGGAAGAGCGAUCGGGACCCUGCGAUCCUAGCAAGGCCUUGGCUGCCACCCUCUUCAGUGCCGUGCUGCUGGCCGCUGUAGCCCUGGCCAUAUGUGUGGCAAAGCUGAGCUGACCCACAGCCGUCCGCCCACCUCCCAGUUCCCUCCCUGG